AUGAAGAAGACUGCGUCAGAGUUCGAUGAAAUACCCAAAGAAGAGUCAAAGAGACGCCUGGAAGUUCUAGCUAAAGGAAUGGAUGUCAAUGAAGAUGGAUUCGUGGAUGAGACGGAGUUGACGAACUGGGUGGAGAGAUCGAUGGUGGCGUUGGACAACGAGGAAGUCAUUGAUCGGAUGGGCGAGAUGGAUAUGAACGGAGAUAAACUGGUUUCAUGGGAUGAAUACAUGGCGGACUCGUUUCCCGACCAAGAUGUGAAGAAUCUUGACGCUGACGAUAGGAAAUUGAUGGAGGAGGACAAGUUGUAUUUCAAAGCCGCUGAUUUGAAUGGAGAUGGCAAGUUGAACCAGGACGAAUUGAGUGCCUUCUUGAACCCGGAAAAUUACAAACAUAUGCACAAGGUUUUAGUAGAGGUUACAAUGAAGGAGAAGGACGCAAAUAAGGAUGGUGCGAUCGAUUUGAAAGAGUUCCUGGGUGAAAUGGCUGAUAACGAACAUAGCGAUUGGCAUACUGUAGAAAAAGACAGGUUCCUGGCAGAGUAUGACUCUGAUGGUGACGGUGUGCUGCGUGGUGAUGAAGUGCGUCGUUGGUUGAUCCCGGACGUGAAGGCAGUCGCAAAACAGGAGGCAACUCAUCUUAUCAACGGUGCCGAUAAAGACAAGGCAAACAGCUACCUGAAAGAUGGUCGUUUUCAGGAUGGAAAGCUUUCGAUUGCGGAGAUCGUUGACGCCUACGAGCUUUUCGUUGGCUCAGAAGCAACCAACUACGGUGAAGAUCUGCACAAAGUUCCGCACACCGAGCUCUGA